GCUCACAUUAUCAGAACCUCUCAACACGUGGCUAUCUGAGAACGGGAAAGGCUGCAGGAAGCCAGAAUACCAGCUAUCAUCGCUUCGCUGUCAUGGAGGCAGUCGGCUCCAGGGCUGCCCAAGCGGUCAUCCCCCAGAGGGGAAACCACCCCACAGCUGCCGGUCACAUGCUCCGGCUCACACACGGUGUCGGAUGUUUCUUUGAGCUAUAAAUGGACAGGCAUGCCAGUGAGCGGCAAUCCAGAGUCAUGUAGCUUUGGCACAGGAGCCGCCAGAGAAUGAUUGGCUCCACGCUCAUCGGCUUGCUCGUUUUCCAGUGGCCUCUCUCCAGCUACCUCGCAAACGUUUCUUUGCAGCCGCAGAAGAACUGUCAGAAGUCCAGUUUUAAAAAGUUGUCCUGCUGGAAUCAAAAUCUCUCCUCUAUCCCUGCUGAUUUAAACCCAAGACUGCAUCAGCUUGAUCUGUCAAACAACAUCAUCAGAGAAAUAGGUGUGGUGAAUUUAAGAUUCCUCCGGAACUUGGACAUUAGUCAAAAUGAAGUGCAUGUCAUACAUGAGGGAGCAUUCAAGAACUUGAUGGAACUUCACACGCUAAAUCUUGGAAGGAACUUUCUUUCUCAUAACUCCUAUGACAACAGCAAAUCUUUCCGGUACCUUUACAGACUGAACACUUUGGAUUUGUCAUUGAAUAAUCUGGAUGAAAAAGACGUGGAGCUCUACCUGACAGAUGCAUUGUAUCUAGAGUACCUCAGUCUUUCUGGGAAUGUCCUAACCAAACUUACAUCUGAAAUCUUUACAGGAAGCCAGAAUCUGAGAAGCAUUAUUGCAGAAAAUAACUUUAUAUCUGAAAUAGAGAAGGGAACUUUCGAGUCUUUGACCAGACUUGCAGAGUUGAAUUUGGCCAGAAAUAACUUGGUCACUAUUUGUGAUUUUAAACUUUCCCAGCUAAAAAAAUUAAACUUAAGUAGAAAUGCUUUACAAUUCUUCAUCACUCAGAAGACUGAAAAUAUAUUUCAACUUGAAAUGUUAGAUCUUAGUUAUAAUAAUCUUUUGCUAUUUCCUCUAUUACCCAAUAGAAAUAAUUUAAAGUAUCUUAAUUUAAAAAACAACAAAGUAGAUGUUUUAGAAAACCAACUGCCAUUUCUAGAAACGCUCUUUUCAUACCACAAAAUCUCAAACCUAUAUGACGGUGGGUUGGAAAGUGUUGAAAAUAUAUACUCUGCCUUAAAGGAGACACCCUUAGUUGACUUGGACUUGAGUGAGAACCAGUUCUCUUCUUUCCCUAUGGAGAUAUGUAGCUAUCUAGUGUCACUUAAGUCUUUAAAUCUAAGUGGCAACUGCCUGACGAAUAUCAGUGAUGCCGAGAUCAAAGAUUACGAAGAAGAAGAAGGGCAGCCACGACAGAGGUGUCCUUCUUUACAGUCCUUAGAUCUUCAAAACAAUCAGAUUAGUCAUUUUUCCCCAUAUUUUUUGAAGGCCCUGCCAAAUAUUGAACAGCUAAUUCUAAAAAAAAACUAUGUGAAGCCUUGUUCAACUAGGAACCAAACGGGAGAAUUCACAUCCAUACAAACAAAUCUCAUUGAUGAUAGCCACUGUGUUUCCUUUAGGAGACUCAGGACACUGAAAUAUUUGGACCUGAAGGAGAAUGGUAUUAAGCUGCUAUCCCAAUACACAUUUGAACACACCCCUUUAGUAACACUGGACCUGGAUGGUAAUGAGGAGAUGAUCUUGGAAAAGGGAGCUCUAGACGGCUUGCAGAACACUCUUCAAUCACUGAGCCUUGGUAGAAACAGAAUGACAAGUUUGGACUUGUCUGUAAAAUGUUUGAAAGCUCUGAAGAAGCUGAACGUGGCAGAUAAUUCUUUGGAUGUCCUUCCUGAAGCUAUUGCCUGUUCACCUCUGAAAGAGCUUGAUUUGAGGAACAACAAUUUCACAAAUUUGCAAGAGUCUGUUAUCAGAAAGGUAUCCAUUUACCUGCACACUAUAUACAUCAGUGGAAAUGUUUUCAACUGUUGUUCAGUCGUGUGGGUGAAGCUCUUGAGUGAAACGAAUGUAAAAAUACCUGAUCUCAACAACACAUUGUGUUUAAUAAGGCAAAAUGUCAGCGUCUUACCUGACUUCCUCAGCUCUGACUCCCUGUCUAAGCAGUGUUCCCUUGAAGUCAGUAUAGAGGUGGGUAUAACAAACCUUGUGAACAUAAUACUUUUUGUUUUUUGUUUUACAUUCACAUUAAUGAUUGUAUUUAUUGUUGGAAGAUGUGCUUUGAAUUCCUCAGUUCCAUUUAGAAACAAUAAAAUAGUGUCUUUUCAGUCUGGAAACGAUAACCAAUGUUCAGCUGGGGUAGCUAAAAUCAGCAUAUUCGAAACUGUAAAAUAACCUGUUACAGGAGGAUAAUUCUGUGAACGAUUGUGUAGUGACAUGUGCUGACCACAUUAUUGCCCGAUUUAUGUUUGUGUGAAGUUUUUCCCAGCAAGGCUAAGCUUUUAAGCCCGAAACUCAUGAUGUCAGUAAUUUAUCAAUAUUUAUUCUCGGUGUGUCAUAGAACGCAAUGGAAAAAAGCUUAAAUUCAUAUACUCAUGUUAUGACAUAUGAGCUAUAGAGCAACUUCCUAUAUGACGGUUCUUCCUUUCCAAUUUCCAAGCUCACCACAAGUGUCUUUUGUAAUCCCGCUAACAUCACUAUUUUCCUACUGUCUGUAAGCAAAGGAGUUUCACUGUAAUGCACUUGUAAUGAACUUCAGCUGUAUAUAGCAUUUUCAAUACAAAAUAACAUGUAAAAUCCUGACCGCAUGAUGUCUAGCAUGAAUUAAAGUGAGACUUGUUUGUAAUGUAGAGUAUAAAAAAAACAUGAACUAUUAUAUGACACUGAAGGGUCAAAAUAGGCAGCUAUGUUGUAAUAUGAUUGUGUGUUGUAUGGUUGUAAUAUUUUCAUAUUGUAUAAAAUUAUUGAUUUUGCAUGAUUUUGUGUUUGCUUUUUAAUAUGAAACUGCAGGCUGUACAAGUGCAGCACAAUCUCAAAUUCCCAUAUAUUUUAUUUAUUAAUUUAUUUGCCAUUUAUAAAUAAAAACAAGACAUUGAUGAUU